AUGGAGGUUGGCAAACUGCUUUCAGUGCCGGCUUGCGUAUUGACAAAGGACACAGGUUAUGGAGAAGCCGCGGUGAAAUUGCAACGUGACUGGAAGCUAGAUCCUCAAAGUCUGCCUCUCGCGAAACACAUCAAAGGCGGCGCUCUCGUCCGAUUGAUCAAAUAUGGGCUUCGCUAUUAUUACACCGACCAAGUUUGGGAUAGACGAGCAUGCAAAAAAGUUCCAUUUCAACCAUCUAUGCUCUUUUUCGGACCAGAAUCUGCACGACCUGUUUUCCAACAGGAGGAAGAUGCCUCCGGCGAAAGUGAAACAGGCACCACCCGGCAAGACCUUUCGCCCAAAUCCGCCAGUGCGCGAAAGCACCCUCGAGAAAGCGGGCUGAACGGGGCAGCAGACCAGGCAAACCAACCAGCACCCAAACGGAGUCGAAAAACUGCACAUGACAAAGAUCAUGGCGUGGAAAAGCAGCAUCCACAGCAAAAUGCCGAAUUCGUAAUUGACGAAAAAGUCUCGAUGGAAGUCGACCACAAAGAUGGCCAUGCAAAUUCUCCCAGUUCCGAUUCUGUGCCGCCUGCUCCCGAGGCCAGGUCACCCUCCACAAGUGAUCUUGACCCAGACACUGACAUGGACAUGGGUAUGAGCAACGGUGUUGCACAAGGCUUCGAAGUGGGCAACGGCGUGGGCCUCUUUGAGUCAACGGACCAGGAACGAAUGAACGAACUCCUUCCCCCAAUUCCUACCCUGGAAAAUGGUCAUAGCGUCGGGGUGCAAUUGCAUCCCACCAAAAGUGCCGAAUCGGACUUACUGGUUCCAGAAUCGAUGGUCUUGCAUGUGGCUGAUGACGCACACGUGACAGAUGCAUCGUGGCGUCCAACGGAUCCAACGGUCUUGGCAGCAUCUGGACACGACUUUGUUGGAGUAUGGAAGAUACCGAAUCAACCUUCACCACCUGGCGCCGUAUUGCCGCCCUCUCAAAGUGUCAUAGACAGGAGAUAUGAUCAAAUAGUUAGCGCCAUGGCUUGGGAGCCAGGAGGCACUAUGCUUGCCAUCGCAGUAUUCGACAACCACACGGCUGGGGCCAUACGAAUCUACGAUGGACAGGAGGCGGUCUUGAUUGAUUGUUUACCGGCUGCGCAACGGUUGAUUACUACUUUACGGUGGCAACAGGUCGGUUCACGCCUAAUGGGUUUUGCAGCAAGCACAGACGAGUCGUCCCUUGUGCUGUGGGAUCUCUCCGGAUCGACACCUUUUCCGGGAGCAUUCCCUAUUACGGUGCCCGAACAGAUCCACGAUAUCAGCUGGGCCAGCCAUGGCAACACAAGCAUAGUCUGCGCGGCUGGAGACGGCGUCAUCUACCAAUGUCGAGCCGUCGCGGAAUUGGUCAUCGAGCAGAAGUGGGCUUCAACUUCUUCAGAUGACCAUACGAGCUGGAAUCUGGUAAAAUGCUCAUGGUGGAGCGAAGAAGCUGCAAUCAUUAUUGCAGCUUCAGCAAGUCCGGCGAUGCUCUGGAUACCUACCAAAAACGUACAGGCAAGAAACAUCCACAGCGCGCCAAUUACCUGCUUAGACCUUCGGCCUGGUCAAAUUGUCCAUCCAGACCAAGAUCCAUAUUGUGAGUUUGCCACCUGUUCGCUGGAUGGCAGUGUCAAAAUAUGGCGGUAUAGCGACCACUCGGCUUCGAUUGAAUGUCUGUUCAAGCUCUCCAUGACCGAAACAGCACCAAUUCUAGGUUUGUCUUACACCCCGGAUGGCCAUGCUGUGGCUGCAGCCAGCUAUGACAAAGUCGUCCUGUGGAGAGCAGAUAAACGUAGCCCGGCGCUUGCGAAGUGGAAGGGCAACGAAGCUAAUUGGGGUGGCGCAUAUCUUAAGCGUCAACGGCGAGUCUCACAAGGUGAAACGAUGAGCGAGGAUGGCGCUAGGGAAGAGACAGGACAUUCUCUUACCUGGGAUGCCGAGAGUAGGAAAUUGGCUUUCGCGCUAGGAAAUCAGGUUGCUGUUAUCGACUUCCGACAGCAGGAGUAUAGAAAAGAGUCGCUCCAUGAACUGGAGCGCAUGGCAUAG